ACAGCCCACUUUAAAAACCCGUCAAAACCGACUCACGGGCUCCAAGUCAAUGAGAAUAACGGCAGUAAUUCAUAGAAGACGGUCCUCACACCCCCAUCCUCAAGUUUUUUGUGGUGUUAUAUGGUUUCUCCGAGGUAAACUACGAAGAGAGCUUCAUCUGAAGGACAUUUCUCCAUCAUAUCUUACUGGGAAACAAGGGACCAACAAAGUUUUUCCAGAAAUUCCUCCCUCACACAAGCACACUUGAAGACUCCGAAUAAUUGCUCUGAAAUCAUGGAACCUGCCGAGUUGAACGCUAUCCCCAAUGGGAAGGGGCAUGAAGCUGGCGAGGAGACAACUGCGACCGCAAUAAAAAGCCAAUCAGAAGAUGCAGCUCAGGAACUUGUACCAAAUAGCACUGAAAAUGCCAGUACUGACAGAACUGCAGGUAAUGUUGAAGCAAACCUGGUGGAAAGCUCAGAGUUCCUUUCCAAUGCAGACGACAAGAAAACCCCUCGCUUCACAGAUUUUGAGGGAAAGACUUCUUUUGGGAUGUCCGUCUUCAACUUGGGGAAUGCCAUCAUGGGAAGUGGAAUUCUGGGAUUAGCGUAUGCCAUGGCUAACACGGGCAUUGUCCUCUUUGUAAUUCUCCUUACUGUUGUUGCUGGCCUGUCUGCAUACUCCAUUCACCUGCUGCUAAAAUCUUCAGGCGUUGUGGGCAUUAGAGCUUAUGAACAACUGGGCUACCGAGCCUUCGGCACACCAGGCAAGAUGGCAGCCGGCAUUGCAAUCACCCUGCAGAACAUUGGAGCCAUGUCCAGCUACUUGUACAUAGUAAAGUAUGAGUUUCCGCUGGUCAUCCAGGCUUUUCUCAAGGUGGACAAUCCAUCUGGGGAGUGGUAUUUUAAUGGUAAUUACCUGGUGGUCAUUGUAUCGUGCACUGUCAUCUUGCCUUUGGCUUUAAUGAAGCAGCUCGGGUACCUGGGCUACACCAGCGGCUUCUCUCUCAGUUGUAUGGUCUUCUUCCUUAUUUCGGUGAUCUAUAAGAAGUUUCAGGUGAAAUGUCCUUUUGAAGACUUUUCUCAUAACAGGACAGUUCUGGGCUUUAACACAAGUGUAGCUGCUGACCCUGGAGGAGUGGAGAUCACUCCUGAGGGAGACCCGGCCUGCACCCCGCGCCUCUUCAACCUCAACUCACAGACGGCCUACACUGUUCCCAUCCUGGCGUUUGCGUUCGUGUGCCACCCCGAGGUGCUGCCAAUUUACACCGAGCUGCGCAACCCCACAAAGACAAAGAUGCAACACGUAUCCAACAUCUCCAUUGGUGUCAUGUACGUUAUGUACUUGCUGGCUGCUCUGUUUGGAUAUCUGACUUUCAUUGAUAAGGUAGAAGCCGAGCUGUUGCACACCUACAGUCGAAUCGACCCGUACGACACACUCAUCCUGUGUGUUCGUCUGGCUGUGCUGACUGCUGUCACACUCACUGUACCCAUAGUUCUCUUUCCUGUCAGGAGAGCGAUUCAGCAGCUGUUCUUCCCGAAUAAAACCUUCUGGUGGCCACGUCACAUUGCCAUAGCUGUGACCCUCCUUACCCUCAUCAACUUACUGGUUAUCUUCGCACCAAACAUCCUGGGCAUCUUCGGGGUCAUCGGUGCCACAUCCGCGCCAUGCCUCAUCUUUAUAUUUCCGGCUGUGUUUUAUAUCCGCAUUGUUCCAAAGGAAGAAGAACCCAUGCGAUCAACGCCGAAAAUCAUUGCUGUUUGUUUCGCCUUGAUAGGAGUGCUAUUCAUGAUAAUGAGCCUGAGCUUCAUCAUCAUCGAUUGGACAUCAGGGAGCAGCAAAGCAAGCAGUGGUCAUUAGACCACGCUCUUCAAUGCUUUAUGCUUUUAUAAUAUUAUUUUUGGGUCUGUAGUUGGGCAGGAUGCAAAAUCUCAAGAAUAGGAACAGAUUUCUAGAUUUAGUUGCAUUCAACCAAUUCAUUAUUUGGCCUUGUGACCUGUAUGUGCUGUAAAUGGGGGAUUGCCCCAUCUCAGGCUGGCAUUAACUCCAUUUAAAGACCACCCGAUUUAAAAAGAAAUAUAUAAAAAAGUAUAAAAAAUAUUUUGCUGUAAUAUAUGGGGUGAAUAUAAGUCCAUGAUAGUCAGUAUGUGCCAUAGUAACAGCACAUGCAGUCCGCAGGGCUCACAAACAAAAGGGAUUCUGCAUUCUAACCAAACAGACUCAUCAUCUGAACCCAGCCUCCCGUCUGUCCCUACAUAUUAUGACCUUUUCACCUUCUGCCACAUUUAUAGGAGAUUUAAAUCACAGUAAGUGCUCAGUUCCAAUGGGAGGAUUGGUGGUUAUUAUUAAGGUGUUUAUUUCAUCAUAUCUCAUCUAUAGAUAUAGCAAUACUUCUGUGCAAUAGCUGUGAGAUAUAUCUGACACUGAAAGCUGUUGAGACCCAGAAUCCAGACUUGAUUUGGCUGCAGUCUAUUACACAAUUUUAAACGUAUGCAAAUUGUACAUACAGUGCAACUGAUGUACAUGUCACAUUUUUAUAUGGAUUUAUAAUCUUCAUCCUUUCUAUAAUAUUUAGAGAUGCAUAUAUUACCUGGAAUAUGAACAUACAUAUAUAUGAUAUAUAGAUAGAGAGUAAUCUGAUUCAUCUGGUGUUCAGAUUAUCUAUCACAUCCCUUUACAAUAUUUGUGACUAUUCAACUAAAAUGGCAUCCUUGAAGGUGGCAGGAGUACUCUAGAUAAAAGGCACAUCUGAGUCUACGGAAAAGCACAGAACGGAAAAGCACAGUUUACCAUAGGGUCAGUUUGUAAUGACCCCAUGAGUCCUGCUGACUGAUUUUGAAACACUCUCUGUGUUUAUAUGCAGAGAAAACCAAAUAAAUAAACAUUCACAGGGUCUUCUCCUUGACUGGAGAAACAAAUAAUAUGUAGUUACAGCGCAAAGUUAUGGAAAGCUGAUAGAUGUUAAGUAUGCUUUGCUAGAAAGGAGACCAUUAACCCACAUAGAUGGAUCAUUUCGCAGAUCGGUUCCUGAGUCAUUGAAACAAUAAAGUGCCCCAUUAUGCCAUUAUAAUUUUCUUAUAUUGCUCUACAAUUCUCCAUUUGAGAGGUUUACAUUCAUUCAAGAAAAAAACACACAACUUUUACUACUUUCUACAGCUUUAUUUCACUACUUCCCUUAAUAUACUUCAGCUCUUUUUUGCAGUGUUUGAAAUGGUUCAUUCAAGGACCUGCUUUUUAAAUCCCUCCUACACUGUUAGACAUUUUAUUGUAUUUUGUUUUAGUUACUGUUGCCAGCAAGUUAUCGCAACUGCCUCUUUACAGUAACUUACCUGUGAAUGUGUUGAACAGUUGCAGGGCCCUACCGCAAUUUCAUUUGACAGUAAAAUAGCCUUACCGCAACUUCUUUUUAUGGUUAAAUGCCCUUUACCACAUUUUAACUUUACUGUUGGGCAGUAUUUACAUUACAUUUACUGUAAUUUAUUAUUAAUACAUUUUACACUAGCAGUGUAAAAUCUUUAUUUAUAAUAUUGACUAUUAAAUUUAGUAAAUCCCAAACAAGCGACGAGAUCAUGUACAACAGUAUUUUCAUUAUUCAUUGUUACUAUAUCCAUUUCAAAUGGUUUACAAAGGUCAUUUCAGUCAUUAAUCUAUUUUAAAUACAUUUUGUGAUACAAGUUAAUGUUAGUUAAUAAUUUUUUUAUUAACCAUCUCAUUUUUGAGGGCGACAUGGUGGCUUAGUGGUUGACACUGUCGCCUCACAGCAAGAAGGUCGCUGGUUCGAGUCCUGGCUGGGUUAGUUGGCAUUUUUGUGUGGAGUUUGCAUGUUCUCUCCGCGUUCGCCUGGGUUUCCUCCAGGUACUCCAGUUUCCCCAACAGUCCAAAUACAUGCGCUAGGUGAAUUGAAUAAACUAAAUUAUCUGUGGUGUAUGUGUAUGAAUGGGUGAAUGGAUGUUUCCCGGUACUGGGUUGCGGCUGGAAGGGCAUCCGCUGUGUAAAACAUGUAUAAGUUGGUGGUUCAUUCUACUAUGGCAACCCCUGAUGAAUAAAGGGACUAAGCCAAAGGAAAAUGAAUGAAUCUCAAUUUUGCCUUCAACUACAUUAGCAGUACUUGAUGACUUUAGUUACAAUAUAAUACCACAAAUUCCUAAUAUGCAGUAAUUUACUGUAAAAAAUUUCAAUUUACCCACAAUGCGGUGCAUUUUACAGUAUAGUAAACUGUAAAGAUUGUAUGUGGUAUGUUACUGUUUUUUUUUGCAGUAAAUAACUGUAAAAUUACUCUAACAAUUCUAGUUUGACAGUGUACUCUGCUCUGAUUGGUCAAAUGACCCAGUCUGUUGUGACUGGUCAGCCAUGAAUUCACCAUAUCUAAAUUUUAGCUCUUACUCAACACUUGUAACCAAAAUUGUGAACACAACAGUAAUAGUGGGUUCACACCAAAUGCGAAUUUAAGUAUAAACCCUUUUCACAUUUCUGAGUUUCUCAGCAGCGAAAGUCGCCAUAGUCAGGUAAAUGUAGAGAGCAGUGAAUGGGUUCUUUGGAUUCCAGUUUGCUCAAUUAGCUAAAGACAAACUCCAUGAUAGUGUUAUCAUGACUGGCAGAAAAACUAAAUCAAUUGUGUGAGACUGAUAACUUCAGCCAGAAGAGAGAACAAUCUCAAAUGUACUCUCCCGCUCAUAGAUUACAUUAGAAACACCUAGCAUAACACCAUGUCCUAAUUACAUGUGGCACCACAACAUGCGAUAAAAGUUUUUUUUUCCAUGUUAAAAGGAAUUUUUGUCCUAACCAACGACGACACGCAAAAUUUUUACUGUAGAGACCAUUUCUAUUUCCACAACGUCGCAGAACAACAGCAUAUAUUGCUAAAAUAAUGAUCACGUCAGGUACAGAUUAUGUGCUUUAUUCAGUGUUAAAUCCUACCAAUGUUAGUUUAAAUACCAUUUUACAUGACAUUUAUUGCCAUACUACUGUAAGCAGCAGCAGAUAGUUCACCUCAGAUCUUAAUAAAAUAACUAGCUUUGAAAAUGACAGUCAGAACUGUGACUCCAACAACACCAGUCACUCAGUAGCCUAUUAAUAAUGUCAAAGAGGUUUAAUGUGCAUUAAUUAGAUUAAAAGCCUUUACCAUUCCAUUGAAAGUGCAGAGGCCAGUUUUUAAAUGUUUCUGUCACAAAUUGCUUGUCGCUGGAAUUUUGUCGUGUGUUGUUAGGACACGGUGUAAGCAUUAACUACCUUUUUUGUAAUUUGAUGCAAAGAUGAUAUAUAUAAUAUGAUAUUAUAAUCCUUUCGAGGAUUUAAGAAGCUGAUGAACGUUAAAAGCAUCAUCACCAUCUUUUGAAAAGGGUCCAUUCAAACGAGUUGAUUACAUUCAGUCAAUGAAAAUUUCAGAAUUUCCAACACAAUCUCACGGCAAUUUGUAACUUUUUGAUUUAGUGGCUAAUUCGUACGAAUUCGUACGAUCUAAUUCGUACAAUUUAGUACGAUUUGCUCAUCCUCCAAUGACGGUUAGGUUUAGGGGUGGGGUUAGGUGCCACGCCUCCUUCUUAAAAUCGUACAAUUUCGUACGACUGAACUCGUACAAAUUCGUACGAAUUAGCCACUAAACUGACAAAACGUAAAAUACUUACGUUUUCUCGUGAGAUCAGGCUGGAAUUUCAGGUUCUUGAAUGAUGUGGAAUGUGUGACGCAUUUGCCAUGAAUGCACGGAUUUCACCUCAACCAGAUCUUUCACGCAAAUUAAAAAAUUCAACUUUGAAAAUUUGCAUGAAAAGCAUCCUGUGAGUAAUCUAGAGCAAGUGACAUCUGGUGUGAACCCAGCUUAAACAUGCCAUCUGAUUUACCGUAUCAGUUCUCAUUUGUGGAUUCCCAUUUACAGAAAACAAUGUCUUUUCAAUGUGUUGAACUCAACUAUUUGAGGGUCAAAGUAGACAUUGUUUUCAGAUCAUACUGUGGCAUUAUGUCGAUUUGUUAAAAACUUACAUAGGUUUACACAUUUAGGUUCUUUCUUUUUAAACAACAGUAACUCCAUUUAUCCUACACUUUGACUUUUGAAGCUCUACAGACUUUUUACAUUCACAAACAGAUCAUUUUAACACUAAAUGAAAGAUAAAAUCAAAAAAGAAAACCAUAAUAGGGGCACUUUAAAGUAAGACCAUUAACCCAAGUAGAUGGAUAUAUUGGCGAUCGGUCGGCGAAUAUUGAAACCCUAAACCAGGGGUCACCAAUCUCGGUCCUGGAGGGCCGGUGUCCCUGCAGAGUUUAGCUCCAACUUGCUAUAACACACCUGCCUGGAUGUUUCAAGUAUACCUUGAUUAGCUUGUUCAGGUGUGUUUGAUUAGAGUUUGAGCUAAAAUCUGUAGGGCACCGGCCCUCCAUGAACAAGUUUGGUGACCCCUGCCUUAAACUGUAGCACUUUCAGUUGAAGCACAACUUCCAAUGUAGAGACCGACUUCUUACAUAAUCAUAGAUGAAUAUAUUUUGUAGACAGAUAUAUGAGCAAAGCCUAUGUACUAAUAUCUGUAAAUUGUUGAGAGAAGAAAAAAAGUAAUAUGUCUAACAUGGUACAUGAAUAUUUUAAUCUUUGUAAUUGAAACUCGUCAUCCUAAAACACUAUAAAUCAAGCACUUACUGGCCCAUAAUGAUCUAAGUGGUAACACUGUGGUGUUUUAUUGUGCGUGUGUGUGUGUGUGAAUGUUCGCGUUUUCUCCUCUUCUUGCUUAUGGAGAAAUAAUACUUCAGUCAGUGAAUGUACUGUAAUGGACUGUAAGAUGUCUAAAUGAGAUGUGCAUUUAAAUUGUGGUACUUUUUUAUUCAUUUGUCUGUUUAAUUAAUGUUUAAUGGAUAGACCGGCCAGCCAUCGAAAAAAUAAAUCAUCAUAUCUGUGAACAAGUAUCAGAUUAAUUACA